GAGAGAGAGAGAGAGAGUGAGAGUGAGUGAGUGAGUGAGUGUGUGUUUGUGUGUGAGACGCCAUCAUGGCAGUCAGGUGGGGAAUCUGCAGCGCUGGGAAAAUCAGCCACGACUUCACAGUAGCGUUGAAGACUCUUCCUCCUGAAGACCACCAGGUAGUUGCUGUGGUAGCCCGUGACUCAAAGCGAGCUGAAGAAUUCGCUCAGAAACACGGCAUCCCUAAAGUCUACAGCAGCUAUGAGGAACUGGCCAAAGAUCCCGACAUCGAUGUGGUAUACGUGGGCAUCAUCCACCCUUAUCAUCACCCGGUAGGCCUCAUCUUCCUCAGUGCUAAGAAAAAUGUUCUGUGUGAGAAACCUCUAGCCAUGAAUCUGAGAGAAGUGAAGGAGCUCGUGGCCACAGCUAAGGCGAAUGAGGUCUUCUUGAUGGAAGCUGUGUGGACGCGGUUCUUUCCCGUCUCGAUGGAGAUCUCCAGGUUGCUGGGGCAGGAAGCGGUAGGGGAGGUGAAGCUGGUGAGAGCGGAUUUCGGGGCGUCUCUGAAGAACAUCCCUCGCUCUGUGGAGAAGGAGCUGGGAGGAGGCGCGCUGCUCGAUAUCGGUAUCUACUGCCUGCAGUUUGUCCUCAUGGUGUACGACGGAGAGAAACCCGAGAGCGUCCAGGCUACUGGAGUCUGUCUGGACACAGGAGUGGACGAGAGCAUGGUGGUCACGCUGAAGUUCUCUCGGGGAAGAUUAGCGGUCUGCACCUGCACGAUAGCUAUGGAUCUCCCGAACAAAGCCGUUAUCUUCGGGACUAAAGGAACCAUCAGAGUUCCUGCUCAUAUGUGGUCUCCAACAUCACUGAUUGUAAAUGGGAAAGAGACUCAGUACCCAGUACCUGAACCGUACCUGCCUCUCAACUUCAUUAACAGCACUGGUAUGAGAUACGAGGCUGAAGAAGUGAGACAGUGUCUUCUUAAAGGACUGAAGGAGAGUUCUCGGAUGUCUCACUCAGACUCGGCUCUACUGGCUGAGAUAAUGGAUGAAUGCAGGAGGCAAGUCGGAGUAGUGUACAGCCAAGACCACCAGUAACCUUAUACCUCUUAUGAUGAUGCUGUGCCAGUAGUUUACUUCACAUCAAUACAAAAUAAAAAUGUUUUUGCCCCUUGUGA